AUGGAGAACGAAGAAAGAGCACAUCUAGAGGCUCAUUGCCAAAGGGAGUUGGAGAGCAUGAAAAAUGAUAUUACACGACUUACAAGUCUACUCGAGCAGGCCCUAGCAUCCAAGUCCGUAGAGAAUACCUCUGCUCAGCCAGCAAUCGCAACUCCAUCUGUAUCUAUGCCAGCAGCUCCUUUUGUAUUCACGUCUCAAAAUUUAAGGGCAAAUCCCUCUUUAUUUGAACAACAGUCCACUACCAAUGUUCCACCAGCACAAGUGCCGGUUACUAUAAACUUGACAGCUGAUGACUCAUAUAUGAUGAAAUUCUCUAAACAAGUUGAUUAUGAGAAGUUGACCGUUCUAGAAGACAGAUUGAGGGCAGUCGAAGGGGCAGACUUAUAUGAUCCUGUUCAUGCUGCAGAGAUGUGUUUAGUUCCAAAUGUAGUUGUACCCAAAGAAUUUAGGGUACCAGAAUUCAUCAAGUAUACUGGAACUGAAUGCCCAGCCAUACAUCUUAAAUCUUAUUGCAAUAAGAUGGCAGAAGUAGUGAAUGAUGAGAAACUUCUCAUCCAUUCUUUCAAGACAUAUAAAUUCAACAUGGAGGUAGCCCCGGACAGGUCAAGCUUGUUAGUCAUGGAGAAGGGCAACAAAGAGACUGUAAGAGAAUACGCUUUGAGAUGGCGUGAAAAAGCAUCUCAUGUUCAACCCUCUUUGUUAGAAAAAGAAAUGGUCACUCUGUUUUCCAACACUUUUAAAUCUCCUUACUUUGAACACCUAGUGGGUAGUUCAGCUCAACAUUUCUAUGAUGCUGUAACUAUCGCUGAGAGGAUAGAACAAGCAAUAAGAAUGGGGAGAAUGUUAGAGCCUACUGAGAAGAAAGGCUUUACUGGGAAAAAGAAGGAUUCUGAGGUGAACAACGUGGAAGGAGUGUAUAAGGGUAAGAAGAAAAAUUACCAUCAUUAUAACUUUCAAAUACCUACCCAACAAGUUGCAAGUGUAAACUUCACUAAGCCUUUCCCUACCAACCAACAAAACCCACCAAAUGACCAACAAAGUAACCAAAUUGUUAAUCCUCCAAGAAAGAACUUUCAAAGAACCCAAGAACGAUUGCCACCAUUACCACUUCCCUUGGGAGAAAUAUAUUCAAAGUUGUUGAGUAUUGGGCAAGUGGCUCCUGUUCCCUUAACCCCACUGCAACCUCCAUACCCAAAUUGGUAUAAGCCGGAUCUGACAUGUGAGUAUCAUGCUGGCAUUGCUGGGCAUAACAUUGAAAGCUUGAUGAAUGGAAAUAAUUACUGUAAGUUUCAUGGCGAGGUGGGACAUCACAUUGAUGAUUGUCAAGAAUUUCACCAGGAAGUGAAAAGGAUGCUGACUUUCGGCAUGAUAAGGAUAGAGAAUGAAGAAGAAAGCAGUGAAGUUGGGAUGAUAGGCCGUCAGGAGAAAAAAGUGGAGGUUUGUAGACUCCAACCAACUGUGGGUGGCCCACCAAAACUAAUCCUGACCAAACCUGUGUGCAUAAAUAGUGGAAGUUAUGGCACAAUGCCUUACAAUUAUGGAUAUUCUUUCAACAUUAAGGAUCCUACUCCUAUCUUCCAUACUGAAAUCGGUGGUUUAACUCGAAGUGGUCGGUGUUUUACACCAGAAGAAUUGGAGAGGCAGAGAAAAGCUAAAGGAAAAGAAAUAGUUGAUGCUUUUAAAGGUAUGGAAGUGAACAAACCUAUAAGUGAAGAUGAGUCUAAUGAAUUUCUGAAGUUGAUGAAGCAUAGUGAGUAUAGUGUGGUAGAUCAGUUGAAGAAAACUCCUGCUAGAAUCUCUUUAAUGUCACUUAUCUUGAGUUCUGAAUUACACCGUAAAGCAUUACAAAAGGUGUUGAAUGAAGCAUAUGUGCCGCAAGAUAUUACUCAGGAUACAAUGGAACAUUUGGUGGGAAGAAUUCAAGCCUCUAAUUACUUAUACUUCACUGAAGAUGAGCUAGACCCGGAAGGGACUGGGCAUAACAAGCCUUUGUACAUCACCGUGAAAUGUAAGGACUGUCUGAUCAGCAAAGUGCUUGUGGAUAAUGGUUCAUCUCUGAAUGUGCUACCAAGGCAUAUGCUAGAUGAGAUGCCAAUUGAUGCUACUUAUAUGAGGCCAAACACUAUGACAGCUAGAGCAUAUGAUGGUUCCCCUAGACAAGUAAUAGGGACCAUUGACAUUGAAUUGUUUGUAGGGCCUCAGAUGUUUUUGGUAACCCUACAAGUAAUGGAUAUACAUCCUUCAUAUAGCAUGUUAUUGGGAAGACCAUGGAUACACGCCUCUGGGGCUGUGACAUCAUCUCUACACCAAUGUCUGAAGUACAUUAUCAAUGGUACUUUAGUGAAAGUUAAGGCAGAAGAAACCUUGUCCAUGAUAAGGAAUGUGUCAGUCCCUUAUAUUGAAGCAGAAGAUUGCAAAGAUGGAAGUCUCCAUGCCUUCGAGAUUGUGAACACUGAAUGGGUACCAGAGAAUCCGGUGCUGAGAAGACCAAUUAUUUCUAAUACUUCCAGAAUGAUAGCUAAGUGCUUUUUGAAACAUGGGCUACCAUUCCAGAAUGCUUCACUUAUUGGAAAUUUUAAGAGAGUCAACAUGAUGAAAGUUAAUGCUGCUUGUUGGAAACCAGGUGACAGGUCGCAUGUUACUGUUCACUUUCUUCCUCAAAAAGCUGCCCGAGUGGCCUUCAAAUCCGACAAAACAUGCACCAACAUGUCCACCUGA